AUGGGCAGCGAUGCAUCGUUCGCGCCAAACUACAUGACUCCAACACGCUGCUCCACUGACACGACUACCAGUCAUCAGCAUGUGCAACGCCAGCUUGCCAGACUUGUCUUGCAAGCAGCUCAACAGGAGCCCAGCUGGACAGGGGACAGCGGCCAGGGUAGAGCCAGCCAUGACGCCAUUUUUCUUUUUGGAGUUUUGAGUCUGUUUUGGGAAGAGUAUUCGGUGCGACAGUGGCAGACGCUUGAUUUCCAGGAUCAGCUCAAGGCUUCGUCUCUGCGAGGUGGCUGGAAUAGCUCCCCGAAGCUCAGAACCAUGCUGCCGAGACAGUUGGUGCUUCUGGCCGAGUCGCCGUCAGGACGCUAA